UAGAGUUUGGCGGCGAGAGGAUUCUGAAUGGAUCCCGAAUGAUCGGGAUUCGAAACAUCUCUAUUACCGUCCUGCUUUUUUUUUUGGGAAAGAGAGAAAGAGAGAGAGAGAGAGAGAAAGUUUUGGGAACGGCCGUAGUCUUUCUCCAUCUGGAUCCUGGAGUGAAGCGCGGAGAACAACACAAAAAAGAUUUUUUGUUUUUUGGGGGAUACUCUGAUUUUUGUCUCUCUCUCUCUCUCUCUCGUGACUGUUUUAAAUUUAAUUCUUUUUUUUUCCCCGUCCUUUUUUUUUUUUGUUUUGUUUUGUUUUAAACUGAACGCUUCUACCUCCACUCCCCCUCCUCCGCCGUCUGCCCCAAGGAGUUUUGGAGCGGAGGGGAGAAAGAAGGGAAAGGGUUUGAGGCGCGGGGAUGGAGGUGGUCGCCGCCGAAUCCCCCCGCCCGGGUUCGUUGGGACUUCGGGCCGACGUCUUUGAGCGCCCGAGCGUGGAAUAAAGUCGGAGGCGAUUAUUGUGGGAUUUUUUUUUCUUUUUUUAAAUUUUUGUUAUUUUUGCCAAGCUUGUUUCUGUCUCCCUCUUCUCCUCCGGACAGCCUGUCUGCGUCGCUCCGUCCGGUACGCACGCCUGGGCAAGGGAAUCAGCAGAUCGUUUUGUCGGAGCCUUUUCAUAUAAGGAGAAUUGGUAGAAGCUGGGAAUAAGAAGAUAUUUACCAAGGCUUAAGUGCUGCUUUCAGCCCAUGUUUGUUUAGAAGAGCUCAGAUGGGAUUAAAGUCCACAUGGAGUUAUGGAAGACAACCACAGACUGGCACUGAGAAGAUGUUCAGUUGGGAUUCAUAUUGCUGUAUCUGCCUGGUGAUGAUCACCAUGGCUGGAUUUUCCUUGGCUAGGCCAUCAGACAGUCUAAUUGGUGAAGAGACUACUUCAGAACCUGGAGCAGAGCCACCCACCAAAUAUCAAAUCUCUCAGCCUGACGUACGUUCUGUAGUUCCGGGAGAAACGUUGACGUUGCGCUGUCAAGUGAAAGAGGCCACCACCAUCAUUUGGACUAAAGAUGGAAAACGUUUGGUGCCCAAUAAUCGAACAGUCAUUACUGGGGAAACUUUGUGGAUUAAAGAUACGACACCCAGAGAUUCUGGCCUUUAUGCUUGCACUGUUAGGAUUGCAGACAGUGAAACUUUCUACUUCAUUAUAAAUGUCACAGAUGUUCUUUCAUCUGGAGAUGAUGAAGAUGACAAUGAUGCCUCUGAGGAUUUUGUGAAUGACAACAACCCAGUCAAAGGACCUAUAUGGACACACACUGACAAAAUGGAGAAGCGCUUACAUGCUGUUCCAGCAGCUAACACAGUCAAAUUCCGUUGUCCAGCUGCAGGAAAUCCCCAACCAACCAUGAGAUGGUUAAAAAAUGGGAAAGAAUUUAAGCAAGAGCACCGGAUUGGUGGCUAUAAGGUACGGAAUCAGCACUGGAGUCUUAUAAUGGAGAGUGUUGUCCCAUCAGACAAAGGAAAUUAUACCUGUAUUGUUGAGAAUAUCCAUGGAUCCAUCAAUCACACAUAUCACCUUGAUGUUGUUGAGCGAUCACCACACAGGCCUAUCCUGCAAGCUGGUCUACCAGCCAAUACCUCUGCAGUUGUUGGGAGCGAUGCUGAGUUUGUCUGCAAAGUCUACAGUGAUGCCCAGCCUCAUAUCCAAUGGAUAAAACACGUAGAAAAGAAUGGAAGUAAAUAUGGACCAGAUGGAUUACCACAUUUGGAAGUUUUAAAGCAUUCGGGGAUAAAUAGUUCCAAUGCUGAAGUGCUGAAACUGUACAAUGUGACAGAGGAGGAUGCUGGAGAAUAUAUUUGUAAGGUCUCCAAUUAUAUAGGGGAGGCCAACCAGUCUGCCUGGCUUAUGGUUCAGCCAGAUAAAGCUUCAGUCACAAACAGACCCUACCCAACAUACCCAGACUACGUGGAGAUUUCCAUCUACUGCUCGGGAGUCUUCAUCAUUGUCUGUAUGGUGCUGGUCGUCAUUGUGUGCCGCAUGAGAUCUUCAACCAAAAAAUCAGACUUCAGCAGUCAACCAGCGGUACAUAAACUGACAAAGCGCAUUCCUUUGCGCAGACAGGUAACAGUGUCUGCAGAAUCAAGCUCUUCUAUGAACUCCAACACACCAUUGGUGAGAAUUACUACCCGUCUUUCUUCCAAUGCUGAUGCUCCCAUGUUGGCUGGAGUUUCAGAAUAUGAACUACCAGAAGACCCAAAAUGGGAAUUCCCAAGAGAUAAGUUGACGCUAGGGAAGCCUCUUGGGGAAGGAUGCUUUGGUCAAGUUGUCAUGGCAGAAGCAAUGGGCAUCGACAAAGAGAGGCCCAAAGAAGCGGUUACUGUUGCAGUGAAAAUGUUGAAAGACGACGCCACAGAGAAAGAUUUGUCUGACCUGGUAUCUGAGAUGGAGAUGAUGAAGAUGAUUGGGAAACACAAAAAUAUCAUCAAUCUUCUGGGAGCAUGCACUCAGGAUGGGCCUCUAUAUGUGCUUGUCGAAUAUGCUUCCAAAGGGAAUUUGCGAGAAUACUUGCGAGCCCGGCGUCCACCAGGAAUGGAAUAUUCAUUUGAUAUUAACAGGGUCCCUGAAGAGCAGAUGACAUUCAAAGACUUAGUCUCAUGUACAUACCAGUUGGCAAGAGGAAUGGAAUAUUUAGCAUCACAAAAGUGCAUCCAUCGAGAUUUAGCAGCGAGGAAUGUUUUGGUUACUGAAAAUAAUGUCAUGAAAAUAGCUGACUUUGGGUUAGCUAGAGACAUCAACAAUAUAGAUUAUUAUAAAAAGACUACUAAUGGUCGACUGCCUGUAAAGUGGAUGGCACCAGAAGCGCUAUUUGAUAGAGUUUACACACAUCAAAGUGAUGUGUGGUCAUUUGGUGUCCUAAUGUGGGAGAUCUUCACUUUAGGUGGGUCACCAUACCCAGGAAUUCCGGUGGAAGAGCUUUUCAAAUUGCUUAAAGAAGGACACAGAAUGGACAAACCUGCCAAUUGCACCAAUGAACUCUACAUGAUGAUGAGAGAUUGUUGGCAUGCAGUGCCUUCACAGAGACCUACUUUUAAACAGCUUGUGGAAGAUUUAGAUCGUAUCCUCACACUUACAACUAAUGAGGAAUACCUAGACCUUAGUGGACCACUGGAACAAUAUUCCCCUAGCUAUCCAGAUACCAGGAGUUCCUGUUCUUCAGGGGACGAUUCUGUUUUUUCUUCCGAUCCCAUGUCUUAUGAACCUUGCCUCCCUAAGUACCAACAUAUAAAUGGAAGUGUCAAAACAUGAAAAGAACUUCUGCCGUUCCACAAAGGAAUGAAACCAGAGCAUCUAUCUACCACGUGAAAAAGAGUCUCUUGCUUUAAACACACAAGAUUUUCUUGUACAUAAGAAAUAUAAGGACCAAAGAAAAACCAAAAUUGGGAAAAAGUGGCCCAAUUAUUGGGGGAAAAAGCAGUAGCUUGGAAUAUCACCCAAUAUUAUGAAGAGAAGAAUUUUCAUGGGUCAUUUGUGGACACCCAUUUUAGCAAGUUAGCUCUUUGGCCCCAAAGCCAAAACAGCCUUUCUAAAGUCAAUGGACAAGUUGGACUUGAGGCAAACUUCAGACCAGCCUUCUUUGUUUAUUUUGUAAUAUUUUGAGAAAAUAUAUGUUGACACACACUUACAGAGCACAAAUGCAAUAUAUAAGUGCUGGAUGUAUGUAAAUAUAAUCAAAUAUGUACAAAUAUAUAUUAUAUAUUUACAAUGAACUAUUUUUUUGUAUUGAUUUAAAAAUGCAUCUCCCACUUCCAGGAAAUUAAUCUUUCUUUCUUUUUUUUUAAAAAAAGAAACAGCUAUUUGUAACUACUUCUCUUGCAUAAGACUUUUCUUUCCAAUCCUCCUCCUCCUCCUCCUCCUCCUCCUCCUCCUCCCCCCCC